GUCCACAGACACCCCGCACUCCCACUGGCCCCUCGUCCCGUGCCGUGGCCAAUGUGAAGUUGCUGUGUAAACACUCGACAGCUGCAGACAGCGGCAGCGCUCUCCAUCACGCGCCCCGCUAUAAAUACUUGCCGCUAACUUUAGCCGCAUCUGUGCAGACGGUCACCUGACCAUCGCGCGAGUGCGUUAAGACCGGCUUGCUCCUGCGAGGGCAACACAGUUUCCAGUAUGACGGCCCAGGGUGCGGCCACGAUGAAGUCGCUGCGGUUCGCGAGCGCUCGGGUGCUGCUGCGACACGAAACGGACGCGCGUCUCGUGCUGCCGCAGGUGUCGCACGACCUCUACCCUCUCCUCUUCAAGCUGUCCUUCCUGGAGGAGCAACCGGAAGCGUUGCGCCUCAUCGUGCGCCACUGGCCGCUGCCAAUACUGAGCGUGGGCCAUCUGCUGGGCCGCACGCCCGACUGGGAGCAGGACCUGCGCCAGCGCACGUGCCGCCUGUGCCUGCAGGCGCUGCUGGACGGCCUCUGCGACUACGUGCGGGACGACCGCAGCGGCCCCGCGGAGACUCCGGUGCGCUACGGGAGGCCGUUGCGCCUCGUCGACCUCACGGGGCUGCGCGACGCGGAGACGCAGGAGUGCGAGUGCGGCGCCGGCAUGGGCCGCUGGGCUCGCACGGAGGCCCUGGCGCGGGCGUGCGUGGAGGCUCAACGGGAGGAGCGGGAAGCGGGCGCCCUGGCUCGACACGUCGAGGUGCUGGCCAGCGCGUUCGUGACGCAGCGCAACUACGGCGUCGUGAUGGACGCCCUGCGAGCGCGCGGCACGGGGCCGCUGGCGCUCCGGUGCGUGGAGCUCCGAGCCGACAGCCUGCCGUGCGACAAGAUUUUCGAGCUGCUUGGCGCGGUCGACCUGCCCGUGCUGUGCCGUCUGGACUUGGUCCACAAUGUGCGGAUGAGCCCGGGCCAGCUCGAGGACCUGCUCAUGGACUUCCCGAUGCCGGCCCUGCGCGCCAUCACCUUCCCGACGCGCGUCGUCGACGUGAACCUCCACGAGGCGGACGACCCUCACCUUGACGCGCUGGCGCUCGGCCUCGCCGGCCUGCCCCUCCUGCAGGAGCUCAACCUGCCCUUCUCCAUUCUCACGGGACACCUGCGCCAGCUGCUCAGCGCCCUGCAGGCCCCGCUGCGCGUGCUCGACCUGUCGGGGUGCGAGCUCAACCACGUCGACCUGGCGUAUCUGGCCAACAGCGAGCACGCCGUGGCUCUCGAGGACCUCGACCUGAGCGGCCACAGCCUCCCGACCCUCUACCCGGCCACCUUCUUCAAGCUGCUGCACCGCGCGGCGCUCACGCUGCGCUCGCUGCGCCUCGAGGAGUGCGACGUGCGCGACCGGCACGUCGCUCUCGUUCUCGUCGCGCUCGGCCCCUGCCAGCGCCUGCAGCGCCUCGCCCUCAUGGGCAACCCCAUGUCGCGCCUGGGCCUCAGGCGGCUGUUCGCGUGGCUCGCCGGCUACCCGACGCUCCGCGUCAUCGAGUACCCGGUGCCCACCGACUGCUUCCCGGCGGGCACCGAGUUCCCGCCGUCGGACGAAGCCCUCGAGGCGCACGACCGGCAGAAGCUGCGCGAGGUGCAGGGGGAGCUGGAGGCCAUCCUGGUCGAGGCCAAGCGCGGCGACAUCGCCACGUCGGCGCCGCUCUACGGCAGCUUCGACUCGGACGUCCGCGAGACGGGCGCGGAGGUGGGCGCCUUCAUGAUCAGCGCCUUCCAGAGCUCCCUGCAGGGCUUCCUCGACUCGCUCAAGAGAUAGGGUGGGGGGCGCGGCGAUGGGAGAUGCGGAUCGGGGGCCCACGGGGCUGGCGGGCCGAGUUUGGAGGGUGCCCAUGAGCCUGGAUAGUUGCUCGGACGGGCGGCCAUCGCGCACCGCCGACAGGGAACUGCAGGCUGCUGCGGGGGCUACGUCGUGGGCAGCAGAGGGCGGUGCAGCAGAAUCCGGCGUUGUACUGCACUUCUGUGCGCCUGCAUCUCUGCUCCCCGCCUUGGCCAGCCAGCGCUGACCAGCGUAUGGUCAAGUGGUUUCCAUGAGCCGUACGGUGCGGGGAAGCCCUCAUCCAGCAGUGGAUUGGCAGAAGGGCUUUGCAUGCACAGUACAUGCAAACGGCGGCAACGGCAGAAGAAGCAGCCGUGGGUUUUCUGCCUGCAGCUGUGCUUGCGCGGAAAUGAGAUGUAGUGAAAAUGAAAUCUGCGAGUGCUGUAAAUGUUCACUUGACUUGUCGUGGUCUUGAUGGUGAAAGUGUUCAUUUAAAAAAAAAACUGUAUAUUUGAUGGAUUAGGAUUCUGAUGGAUGGGUAUUAGUGCUGAUAUACCUGUGAUAUACUUGGGUUAGAGUUAAGGGUUUUUAUUGACCAAAGUUACAAGAAUACACAUUUAUAAUCGAAGUUUUUGUAGAUGAUUACACAUGUGGUUGGUUACCAACGAGAAUCGUGAUGCAAGGAGAUUGAUGAUGAUGAUUUCUACCAGGUGCACUUUAUAUUUGUUAAUAUUUUUUUAGGAUGUAAAUAGGCUUCAACGUAAUGUUUUUGCAUUGUAGUCAUUGUGAUUUGGUUGCUGCCCGUGGCAUCAUGGUUUGCAACACUGGACUUGCGAUCCAGGGUGCACCGGUUAGACUCCCAUCUCCCGGCAUAGAAGCUAUAACAAUGGUGGAAGUUUCUUAAAUCCCCCCCAUCUCGAUCCAUCCGAUAGUAGAAAUGGACACACCACGGUGAAACAAUCGGUAGGUCAAAUUUAGAUUUAAAGCUUUCG